AUGUUGCAACAACGUCAAGCCCAGAUCUCGCGCGCAAACGUUUCGGCGCCAAUUACUAUUCAAAAAAUAGAGGAUCCCUCCAAAUGGGGAUUGGGUGAUCUGGUGGCUCUGAAACAGGUUACUGGAUUGGUGGCUAAAGAAAUCGAUGGACUCAAGGGCUUGAAUAAAGACUUUGUAGCCCAAAUGACGGAGCUUCAACCCGGUGCUGAGAAAGUUCAAGCAAAACGCAACGAAAUUGCGCGGCAUAUCAAGGCGAAGAAGGACCCCAGGUAUACGCGACUAAUCAAAUCGAGAACCUCCAGUCCCGAGCAUAUCGAAAACCAGACCAAAUUGCGCAAGUCUCUGCAGAUGGUUCGAGAGCGUACACGUCAGUUGGAAGAUUUCAUGGCAACGCAACGAUCGCGCAUACAAAAGCAAAAGGAAGGCCGUCGCGAAUUCAAGGUUCCCUCGAUUGAUACUAUCAAUCGUACCAUGCGGAACAUUGACUCUGCACUCGCUCAAAAAUCUGAGGAAAUCGUGGCUUUGACCGCGAGAGUUGACCGUAUGAAGCUUAAAGCACCUAGACGAAAAGGGUCUACAACCGCGGCCCCGUUGACUAUACCUCCUGCCGAGAACGAAAAGAUCAAACUAGCAUCUGCAUCAGCACUAAACAUGGAACGUUCCUCACUUCGUCUCAAAAACGCACUCUUGCAGGCUCGUACUGAGACCCCGCUAAAUACCACUGCCGUGGGAGCACCCGUCGAAGAGAAACCAAACACUUUGGCCAAGAUGAUGGCCCCCAAGCCAGCAGUACCAGCGACUCCUGCGGCACUUCCAACCGUACCUCCCGUAACCUCCACUCCCGCCCCCAGCUUCCCCUUGUUUGGCCAGCCUCCUUGCUCCACAAUGCCUGCCAAAGCAGCAGCACCCAUUGGAGGCUUUAACUUUGCACCGGUCACGCCCUCAGCACUACCGGCGUUUACUCCAUUGGGCAAAGACGAGUUCCAUGUGACUGCAGGUUACGAGCACAGCGCCCGCCGAAGUGAAAAGUCUCGUAUGCACGGUUCUUCCGCCAAGCUCAAGACACCGUCGCCCAACAUUUCACGUACUGACUCGGAUGCUGUAGGAGCCUCUCCUCUACCUGCUCCAGCCUUGGCCCCUACCAUCGCCCCAGCUAAAUCAUUUUUUGGUUCGGGCCCGACUACUACUACUACUCCCUCAACUGGGAAGAAGGCCGCACCUGUUCCUGAGGGCUUCUUCUCUUUCUCGAAUACGCCAGGGGGUCCUGUGGCGAGUACGCCCCCUCCUAAAGGCUUCAACUUUUUCCAGACACCAGCCCAAAAGGCUGCUGCCACCACCUCUACUACCCCAGCGAUUCCACCCAUCCCAAGCUGGGGAACCCCUAAUUCAUCGAUUAGCAGCGUAGUCUCUACUCCCUCGGAAGAUGAAGAAGAUGAUGAUGACUGGGUGCCAGAUGAUGAUGACGACGAGGAUGACGACGAGGAUGUUAGUGAUGGUGUCCCAGAAGGAGAGGAAGAUGAUGAAGACCAGACAGCGCGCAUAUAA